AUGGAGUUUUGCUUAUAAUUGAAAUAGUAUGUCAAAGCAACAACAUUUUAUGACGAUAAUGAUGAUUUAUCACACAUAGAGGAGACAACGUAAGAACUUCACAUCGUUCACUGUGAAGAGCCUCCAAACACUCUCAUGGACGUAUCAUUGUUCGGAAGGGAGGGUUGGCGGUUGUGCUGUAGCUGAAGCAGCACAGAGGCAGACAGUGGGAGGGGUCCUCUCCAAUGCAGGAGCAGCCAAACUCGUCAGUCCUGUUGACUCACCCAACUUUCUCUGCGACUCGAGCAGCAGUGAACUCCGAGACUAAAUCUGAGCACACUUCAUCCAACACAUUGAGGGUGGAGAAUGGACAGACUACACGGACAGGACAUGCCGCUGAAUAAAAUGGAUGACGUAGAGGCUUCGAAAGCCAUCUCUGGAAAAGUGCAUCGCCCCAUCAACAUGAAUCACUAUGCCACGAAGAAAAGUGCGGCUCAGAGCAUGCUGGACGUGGCCUUGCUGAUGGCCAACUCGUCUCAGCUGAAAACCCUUCUCUAUGUGGGGCCCCAGUACCGGUUCUACAUCCCCCUCAUUGUCCUGCUGUCCCUGUCCAUCUCGUUACAGGUCGCCGUGGGGCUGCUGCUCGUCUUUAUUGCAGUGAAGUAUGAUCUGAAUGACGCGAGGAAACAUACCAAGUUGAACACGAUGAACAACAUAUCGACAAUAUUUGUCUUCUUCACAGUCCUCAUCAACAUCUUCAUCACAGCGCUGGGCUUUGAGGGACACUCCGUCAUGUCAUCGGUACCACAAGUGCUGACAGUGAUGGAGCCUCUGCUCCCCCCUAAGCCCAUUGACCACAACAUCACUGGAAUCAUUUAGACUAGACCUUUGGACAAUAAGAACACAUCUCCUCAAUUGUGUUAUCUCAAAGCAUUGACAUCUUGCAGGGUUGUGGUGGGACACUGAGCUCUCUGGUCAAGGAAUAUCCAGUUCGAAAAAAACCUUUUUAUUCAUGAAUGUAUUUUAUGGAUAAACCAUCACCAUUACUGCUGAGAGGCUUUGUCUGGGAUACAGGAUCACCAAGUCAAACAUAAUCAGUGACCAUCAGCCCGUUUCUAAACUCAGGAUCCCAGCCAUUAAAAUCAACUGGGCCAAGAUUGACAACCAAAGACCUCAGUUUGAAAACACUGUCAGUCUCAUCUUGCUUUUAGUUCAGAUGCCAACAGACUCUCAUACACUUUGCUGACCCCUGACCUUUGCUUUUUUUGAUGCCAAACUAUGUAAAGCUUCUGCCGUGUAAAUUUAACAGUGCAUUCUAUUUUUUCUGUCAUUUUGUUACCAAAUCAAUGUAUUACUUAUUACUUACCAGUAUUAAGUAAACAUGACGCUAGUUUUGUUAAUACUUGACUCUUACUUUCACCUCAGUAACAUUUGUAGAUCCUACAGGAAUUCUCUCGUUUCAAGUGUCAUGUUUUUCUAAAGGUUCAGACACUGUAUUCUAGAAGUCUCAAAGAAGCUGGACACCAGAUUGAAAUCAUUGUUUUUAAUUCCUAUAAAAAAGUCUUUGGUUUUUGCUUGCACAUAUGAAAGACCGCCACAGUUCACCAAUCACAAGUUUUGUGCGACAUGACAUUAUCAUCUAUAUCUCACAAAUAAGAACAAAUAUUAUAGCAAAGCUGCAUAAAAAUAGUCAAAUACAAAAACUCUGCAUGGCCGGCAAACAUUUUAUGCAAUCAAGCAAAGAAAUUAAAGGAAGCAAACAACAUUAUUCUUGUUUUUUUUACUGUCAGCACAUCCCAUGAAAAGACCAAAACCAUGUUCAGUCAAACUCUGUUAAUCUGUCUCACUUUUCUAUUCUGCCUGUGACCCGUCGUCAGACAAAAGGCCAAAAAAGAUUCACUCAAUAUUAUACUAAAAAUGUCUGUGCUUGUUUUACAGUAUAUUCUGAGGCUGAUUUUAAAUAUCAACAAUUAUUUUAAGUGGUUCUUUUCUAUUCUAGUUAUCUCAUCUGAUGAUUUGUGUUUCGCUAUAUAGUUAUUGUUGUUGUGACCAAAUCAACCUACAGGUAUCAGAGUUUCUUCUCAUAUCAUAUUAAGAGCUUUAUAUUCAUGGUUCUGGCUGUCUAUUGUAAU